AUGUCUGGAAUAAAGAUUGCAAUUCUUGUUGCAUUCAUAGCACUUGCAAGUUCAUAUGAAACCUCACCAUCGUUCUCUUCAGACGGAGCAAUUGAUAUGUGUCAACCUUGUGUUGCCUUUGCAGAUACAAAUCUCCAGCCAUUAUACCAAACAUUAUCAGGAAAUACUCCUCCAACAACUUGCUCUGGCUUAUGCUCAACAAUAAAAGACGCUUUUGCCCAGCAAAUCUGCUUAUACUUAUGCCAAAACCCGCAACCAUCUCCAAGCACCAUGUUUACAGCUGUCAAAAGAGCAGGCCCAAGCCAAGACUCAAUUUAUUUUUGUGAAUCCUUAAAUCAGAUUUGUCCAGUUGUCAAUGGAGGUGCAGCAGUAAUUAAUAGUACCUAUGUUACUCCUUCUACUGGAGGUGUCAACACAGUAUUUAAAGUUCAAGUGAUAUUCACCGUAACCUCUGCAACAGGAACCGGACAAGUGUUGUUGACUGUUACGCCUCCUGGAACUUCUGUUAACUCCCCCCCUCCGUGAGUGAACAAGAAAAUUUUUACUCACUCACGGAGGGGGGUUAAUUUUUUUUUCUUCGAAAUUUUAAAAAAAUCUUAAUUUGAAAAAAUUGGAAAGCAAAUACUGAUUUAAUUUAUUAAAUUUAUGUUUUAAAACGCAAUUUGUUUAAAAUUAAAAACAGAAUUAGCUCGAGUUUCAUUAUACUAAUUAUCACUUAUAUAUCAAUUUCUUUUUUCAUAAAAAAAAAAUUUUUGUUCACUUAAGGAGGGUGGGUUUUUGGGCAAAAAAUAGCUAUUUUUCUUAUGGUUUUAUUCACUCACUGAGGGUGGGGGGAGUAAGCCAUUCUCAUAUGAUUACUUUAAUGAGGGAUUUGCUGUUGAUAGCUACUCUGCUAAGUUUGAAAUUCCUAUGACUCCUCAACUUCCAACUGGAAAUUAUACUGGGAUUGUUCAAAUUUGUUCAGGAACUUGUGGAUUAACUAAUCCUGGUGAAGCGACAUUAGCUCAAUCAAGCAUUAAGUUUACAGUUCGCUAA